GAGGAAAAUACCAUCUGUAAUAUUCGGUGUAUUAUAUAUAUAUAUGUAUGUAUGGUACAUAUAUAACUAAUAACUAUCUCAUUCAUACGAAGCGGACGUUAAUAACAGUUUGAACAAAGACUAAAGGAUGCUCAGCACUCUCUUCAGACGAUUUCCCAGGUCAACACUAGCAUCGGCGAACAGAAAUCUUACACAAUGCUACAGUGAAACACGACCAAUGACCUACAGCAUCCGACAAAUGGAACACAAAGACUUGCCAGCCAUCAACAACAUAAUGGAUAGCGAGAAAUGGGUGAUGGAGAAGGCAUACACGGAAUGUGCCUUUAAAACUGAUCCUUCCGGCUUCUUUGUCGCCGAAAAGGAUGACGGUGAAAUAAUAGGCUCCCAUGGGUAUAUGUCGCACGCAGAUAACGUAGCAACGAUGGGGCUGUGGAUGGUGAAGAAAGAAUACAGAAAGUCCAACGUAGGAAUGGACUUGUACGGGAAAAUCCAUCAGGAAGUCGGAACCAAAAACCUAGGAACGUUUGUGUGGCCUUAUUAUCAGGAAAAGAUCAAGGAAGAACAUGGCGUCCAGCCAAACAAAGCAUACAUGACGUGGUACAAUUACGGCCACAUCGACCAACGGACGUGUAAGAACAAGGGUGGCGAGGAUUUCACGAUACUCCCCUUAGGACAGGUCAGCCUCCCCGACCUGCUGGAGUACGAUACAGAGAUUCACAAAGUGGCGAGGGAGAAAUACAUGAGGAAUUGGAUAUACCAUGUCAAGUCCAAGACCUAUGUGGCUUUACGCAGCGGUAAGGUUUGCGGAUACGGAGUGCUCCGUUCCCAGGAUUCUUACAACCAGAUUGCUCCCUUGUAUGCAGAUGACAAAAGUGUAGCAAAAGGCUUGUUUCGUAAUCUAGCAGGUGAAGUUCCCAAAGGGGAAAAGGUAGGAUUUUCUUGUCCUUUUGAAAACUCAUCCGCUACAGAGUUCGCUGCUAUAAAUAAGAUGAUGAAACCGGGAAUCCCCCUGGUCAUGAUCUACAAGAAUGAUCCAGUCAACGUCGACACAGACAAAGUGUUUGCUGUGUCAUCUAAUUCAUUCGGCACAUGUUAAAAACUACUACAUAACUCAUGAAAUGUACUGUUAUAUUUGAACCACUGUAAACACAAAUCACGAGAAAAAGAAAAGUGUAGGUCUGUAUAAUUUUUAUGAUAUAGACGUGUUGUUGAGAUUUGUUGUUUUUACAUUUUUAUAUAUAAAUGUACUUUUUAUUAUCAAAAAAUGUCAGAGCAAUAAAGGUUGUAAAUUAAGUUAUUAUUUUUAUAUACAUUUGUAUAUUUUUUAUAUUAUAGACGUGUUGUUGAGAUUUUUUGUUUUUACAUUUAUAUAUAUACAUAUACUUUGUAUUAUCAAAAGAUGUUAUGAUUUAAUGUUACUACG